AUGGCCAGCAAUUCUGAAAAGGAGAAUUUGGGGAGUCAGUACAGAGUGCUCCUCCAUCUUGGCGAGGGUGGAUUUGGCACUGUGAAAUUGGCCUGGCACUUGAAAACCAACGCCCUGGUUGCCAUAAAAAUGGUACAGAUCACCAAGAAGAACAUCAGCAUUAUACUGUCAGAAAGAGCAAUUUUGGAGACACUAAACCAUCCUAACAUCAUCCGCCUCUUUCAGGUAAUAAUAACAUCAAGCCACAUUUACUUUGUAAUGGAGUAUGCUCCGGGAGGAAGCUUAUUUGAAUUAAUACAGGAGAAGGGCCCACUGCAGGAGGAAGAGGCAAAGACAAUAUUCGGGGAGAUAGUGGCAGCCACGAAGUACUGCCACAACCUUGGCAUUAUCCAUCGAGAUAUUAAACCCCAAAAUGUAUUGAUAGAUGCAGAGGGCACUGUGAAAUUGACAGACUUUGGGCUGUCCAUCAAGCGCAGACCUGGCAGCUUACUCAAACGGAAGUGUGGGACCAAGGAAUUUUAUGCACCAGAGCUGGUACUAGGGGAGCUAUACGAUGGCAGGAAGACAGAUGUGUGGAGUUUGGGAGUGCUACUGUAUUUUGUCACCACUGGGUACUACCCCUUCACGGGAAGCACCAGGAAACAGAUGGAGAAUAAGAUCAUCAUGGGGACCUAUAAAAUUCCAUCUAACUUCUCUGCACAACUUGAAAACCUAAUUCACCAGCUCUUCACAGUUUCCCCAGAGAUGAGGCCCUCUAUUGAAGACAUUGAGAGACAUCCAUGGAUAAGGAAGUGUGACAUAAACAUACCAACUGAUAAAUACCCAGAUUCCAACAUCAUACACAU